UCCUGCCGGCCACCCCGGGACCGCAGCCACGUCUGAAAGCGCCUCAUUGUGUGCGCUCCGGGCGAGCAGCACCGGGCAGCUCCGAGGGUUGUGGGCUGGCGCACAGGGAGUAGAGGGUGCGGGCGGCAGUGCCAGGCUCCGGAGGGGACUCUGCGUCGGGUGCCUCCCUUUGGUAGCCCCAGGACACCCCCACCCUCCACAUCGCAUUCUGGGACGCCUGCCCUGUUCCCAGAUUCGCUCUGCCUCGAGUCUCCGGGAGCUUCCAGUGGCUUGGUUCCCCGACUCCCAUCCGUGCCUCUUAGAGCCCCUUUCCUGGCGUCACCGGGUGCCCAGUCAUAGUCUUGGGGCCUUAAGGAGCAAGUCAGCCCUGCAGACCCUUCAUUGAAGAGAAAGAGCUGGCUGUGCGGUGGAAUUUGGAAGAGACGAAGUCUAGGAGCCUUUGCUGAGCCCAGAGAGAGAGGCGUCCCACUCCCUGCCGCGGCAGGUCGGGCAGAGACGCCAAGCUUUGGGGUGCUGAGGACCCUCCAAGCAUCUCCCAUGAAGUUGUGAUCAGCAUUGCAGCACUACCAGCAGCCCUGGGUGGUGGCCCCCGGCAGUCAGCAUGUGGCUGCCACGCGUCUCCAGCACAGCAGUGACUGCACUCCUCCUGGCGCAGACCUUCCUCCUCCUCUUUCUGAUCUCCCGGCCAGGGCCCUCACCCAGAGCGUGCGGUGAGGAGCGCGUGCACGUGCUAGUGCUGUCUUCGUGGCGCUCGGGCUCGUCCUUUGUGGGCCAGCUCUUCAGCCAGCACCCCGACGUCUUCUACCUGAUGGAGCCUGCGUGGCACGUGUGGACCACCCUGUCACAGGGCAGCGCCGCAACGCUGCACAUGGCCGUGCGCGACCUGGUGCGCUCUGUCUUCUUGUGUGACAUGGACGUGUUUGAUGCCUAUCUGCCUUGGCGACGCAACCUGUCCGACCUCUUCCAGUGGGCCGUGAGCCGCGCACUGUGCUCGCCACCCGCCUGCAGCGCCUUCCCCCGAGGCGCCAUCAGCAGUGAGGCGGUGUGCAAGCCACUGUGCGCGCGGAGGCCCUUCAGCCUGGCCCAGGAGGCCUGCCGCUCCUACAGCCACGUGGUGCUCAAGGAGGUGCGCUUUUUCAACCUGCAGGUGCUCUACCCGCUUCUCAGCGACCCGGCGCUCAACCUGCACAUCGUGCACCUGGUGCGCGACCCGCGGGCUGUGUUGCGCUCCCGGGAGGCGGCGGCCAAGGCUCUGGCGCGUGACAAUGGCAUCGUGCUGGGCACCAAUGGCACAUGGGUGGAGGCCGACCCUGGCCUGCGCGUGGUGCGUGAGGUGUGCCGUAGCCACGUCCGCAUCGCUGAGGCCGCCACACUCAAGCCGCCACCCUUCCUGCGCGGCCGCUACCGCCUGGUGCGCUUCGAGGACCUGGCGCGGGAGCCACUGGCAGAGAUCCGGGCACUCUACGCCUUCACCGGCCUAAGUCUCACGCCACAGCUCGAGGCCUGGAUCCACAACAUCACCCACGGAUCCGGACCUGGUGCGCGCCGCGAAGCCUUCAAGACUUCGUCCAGGAAUGCGCUCAAUGUCUCCCAGGCCUGGCGCCACACGCUGCCCUUCGCCAAGAUCCGCCGCGUGCAGGAACUGUGCACUGGUGCUCUGCAGCUGCUGGGCUACCGGCCUUUGUACUCUGAGGCUGAGCAACGCGACCUUGCCCUGGAUCUGGUGCUGCCACGAGGCCUGAACAGCUUCAGCUGGGCGUCGUCCACGGCCUCACACCCCCGGCAUUAGUGGAGGCUACAGUUAUAGAGGUCACCAGGCCUGGAGAGGGGAGUGCAUUGUGCAGAGGUGGCUGGGGUGCACGGAGAAGCAGGUCCCUAUAUUGACCAAGGAGUUCGUGGUCCCCCCAUGAAGUAGGCAAGGACUGCCUGUUUCUUUCCAGAUUCUCAGUUUUUCUUUUUUCUUUUUUUUCUUUUUCUU